UCUCUCUCGCUCUCGCUCCCGUGAACCGUAACAUCACUUGCACUCAAACCUUUCCUCAGUUACACGGUUCUUGGUUCAAUCAUACUCUCUCUCUCUCUCUCUCUCUCUCUCUCUCUCUCUCUCUCUCUCUCUCUCUCUCUCUCGAUGGAUUAUAAUUAUCAACCCAACACUUCCCUUCAUCUCAGCUUACCAAAAACUCAGCCCAACCUGGAGCUUUUCCUCGAUCGGUCGUCCUCCUCCUCAUCAUCGCCACGCAGUCCAUCCGAAGUAGCUCGGAUGUUCUCGUGCAACUUCUGCCAGAGGAAGUUUUACAGCUCGCAGGCGCUUGGCGGCCACCAGAACGCGCACAAGCUCGAGCGCACCCUCGCCAAGAAAAGCAGAUCAGAGCUAGGCUCGGCCAUCAGAGCUCCUGCAGCGCGCUUGCCGUCGGGCUCCAGUCAUGCCGUUCGCAUUCAUCAACACCACCAUGAGGACCCAGGUAGCUUUCUUGGAGACGUGGGCUACGGAGGGGAGCGAGAGAUGGCGAAGUACGGGUCGGCUUCAAAAGGGUAUCGACCAGAGAAUACUCAUCAGGAAGAGUUUUGUCAGCUUGACUUGUCCUUAAGGCUCUGAAUCGAUUAUUUUUGAAGAAAAAAGCCUAAGAAAGUAAAGAUUAGUAUUCAACUCAUGAGACUUAUUAUUAAUUGUAUUUUACUGGUCAGAAGUUGCUGAUAACUUGUCGCUUCUUCGGAUCGAAGAACAAGUUGAGUUGAAGUAAAUGCUUCAACGCUGAUCA